AUGCGGCUCGCCCAGCUUGUGCUUGCGGGUGUGGUGGCCAGCUGCCUAGCAGCUUCUGCGCGAGCCACCGUCGGCGGCCUGCACGCUGGAGCAGACAGGCUCACCGAGCAGGCACUUGCUGCAUCCGCCGGGCUGCCCGCCGCCGCGCAGCAGGCCGCCGUCGCGCACGCCAACUCCACUGCUGCCGCAGCCCACGCGCACGCGCUCGCCGGCAUCGAAAACGCCGCGGCCGCCGCCAACAACGCGCACGCCCAGCUUUUCCGGGCCCUCGGGCCGAAGCUUGCCAGCUUCGACAACGCCACCGCGGCCGGCGCAAAGCACGUCGCCUCGGCCGUCGCCCCUGGCGUCGCUGCCCUCCGGCAGCACAGCCUCAAACUCGUCGGCGCCGCUGCGCCCCUCGUCGCUGCCGGCCAGGACACAACCGCCCAGGCCAAGGCCGCAGCGGCCGCGCUGGCAGCGCCCGGGCUCGCACUGCUGUCCAACCUCACAGGCAAGGCCGCCGGCGCCGCGCAGGCCUCCUUGAAGGGAGGCCUCGACGCGAAGGCCGCCGCCCUCGGCUUUGUUGCCGGCGCCGCCACGCAGCACGUCGGCGCGUCGCCGGCGGCGGUGGCAAAGCUCACUGCGCAGUCUAGCCGGCUGUCGUCGCAGGCGCAGGCGGCGGAGGUGCAGGCGUUCCUCCACGCAUACGACGGCGCCGCCGCGCUGCUGAACCCUGGAAUCGCGCUGGCGCAGAACGCCUCGGCCCGCGUCUACAAGGCGCUCGCGCCGACCCUCCGCGCGAUAUCCACGAUCGUCGACCCCGUCAAGGCGGCCGUGCAGCCGAAACAGGACCUGGUGACGUCGAUAAGCGAUGGCCCGACUAAGGCUUACUACGACGCCCAGCACGCCCUGUACGGCGCCGCAUUCGAUGCCGCCGCGCCCGUCGUGGAUGCCCUAAUCAGCCUGAGCACCAAGGCCGGCGCCGCACUCGCCAACCUGACAAUCCACCACGCCGCCGCGGCCUCCGACCUUGGCGCGGCCGCCAAGGCGCUCGGCGUGCCGGUAAAGUCGCUCGUCGCCGCGAACUUCACCGAGAGGGUCUCCCAGGCGCUGGUCGCGGGUGCGGCGGCCAUCAACAUCACGAGCCUCGACCUGGCCGAGGUUGCGGAUUCCAAUGAGGGGAAUUUCAAGCGCGGCGACCCCGUGUGGCCGCGGCCAAAGGACCUGAGCAACAAGGCGUCUGUGCUGCUGCUGCUCCUGCUGCUGCGACUGCUGCUGCUGCUACUGCUGCCGCGGCUGCACCUGCUGCUGCACCUGCUGCUGCACCUGCUGCUGCACCUGCUGCUGCACCUGCUGCUGCACCUGCUGCUGCACCUGCUGCCGCGGCUGCACCUGCUGCUGCACCUGCUGCCGCGGCUGCACCUGCUGCUGCACCUGCUGCUAGGGCUCAAGGUUUAA